AUGUUAAUCCGUUCUCUUCCAGUAAUUAUGGGUCCAAAACCCAUUAAAAAAAAUAAUCAAAAAGACGAUACUGCUAAUUCAAUGAGCGAAUUAGCCUUUGGAUCCACUGUGGAUGAAUUUGAAACAGGACAAGAAGAUGAAGAAUAUUGGCUCGAUGAAAACGAUGAGAAACAGCUUGAUGAAAUGGCUACUGGCUAUACUGAAAUGAUGGCUCUAACUGAAAAUCUUCGACCUGGAUGGAAAAUCUUUGAAGUUGGUGUUGCGACAGACAUAUCAUCUUUAGAUGAAUCUGUCAAUAAGUCCACACAGGAAAAUAAUGAUCCAACAAACAAUUUAUCGGUCGACAAUAAAGAACAAAAAUCCAAUAAUAAGCCACAGGGCAGCAGUAAAAGAAAACCAGACUGUUUAACACCACCGAAACCAGCGACUGGGCCAAACAAGGCUACCCGUGGCGAUUCGGACGCACCUGUAGCGUCCUCAAAAUCAACAAAUACUUCAUCGAGUACUAAUUCAAACCAAAAAAAAUUACAAUCAACAUCCGAUACAUCAAAUUCUGCUGAUUCAAAAGACGUUCAAAAGGAACCUGAUACACUAUCUACAAAAGAACAAAUCUGUUCGACGACACAAUCGUCAGGGUUGGCAAGUGCCAAUGAUGAGCAGCCUAUCCAAAAAUUAAAAUCAUUGGUAGGCGAGCGUAUUGAUGCUCAUUGGCAACAUAAGAACAUUAGAGAAAUCUUUUACAAUGGUAAUCAAAAAGAUACUGAAAAGAUUUUCCGACAAUUAUUGGAAAAACUGAGCAAGUACAAUAAUAAAUCAGGAAAUGACACUUUGUUGCGUGCUCUUACACAACGAGGUGAUAAUCCUGCUUUCUUAACAGCUGCCGAGGUUGAUGAUGGUCGCCGUCUCAAUGACUAUAUGUCACAAGAAAUCGAGGUUGAUGGUACGAAAGUCACUCGCAGGAAAUUAGCUUAUCAAAAAGGCGUCGAAACAAGAAAAAAAGAAUUCCAAAAAGACGGUCGCACGACGAAUACUUAUGAACAAGCAGGUCGAAAAAUAUCUGCAACACGAACUAGAAAAUUCCAAAAACCCGAUGGCUCGUGGGCGACAAUUGCAACAGAAGCAGUUGAAAAAAGUACCGCAACAAUGGCUAAAGAAUUCCAAAACGUCGAUGGCACGACGACAACAAUUUUUAAUGAAAGAAGUAAAAACGCAACCAAAACAAGAACUACAACGAUGGUUACCCUGGAGAACGGCUGUAAAGUGAAUAUAGACCAAAAAGGAGCUAGUAAUCCAGAGAAUGAGCAUACCGAAAGAGCACCAGGUAGACGUGAUACAUCAAUUUUUGAAAGACAUGGAAUUAUACCAACGACCAGAACCACCCCAUACGCAUCACCAUCGCCUACAUCAGCAUCAUUAUCAACUCCACCACUAAUAACACCAUCUACAUCACCAUCCACCCAAGAUCAAACACCACGACCAUCCUCAAGAUCCAGCUUGGUAUUCUACAACACCAGUUGUCCCCAAGAAUAUCACCAGACCACCGUCAACCUAUCGAACGAUUCCGAUAGUGAUCAAGUCACUCAAUGUUAA